AUGGAGAACGGCCGGCCAUCGCGCGACGGCCAUGUCGAGCAGCAGCAAGAAAGCCUUAAUGCCAACUGGAUACAGGAUAUAUUUCGACAACAGCAAGAUUUCCUACACCAGCAACAGCAGGCGUUUUUACCACAGCAAGAGCAGCUCAUGACAAAAGUUUUCGCAACUAUAAAGUUUCCGCAAUCGACAGGAUCGGAGAGUGUUAUCGAAGCGUUAGCGAAGGACGUGCAAGAGUUCCGCUACAAUCCGGAUGAUCGCGUAUUUUUUGCCGGAUGGAACCUUCAAUUCACCACCCCAUUGGAGUUUCUGAUCCUGGAUACACCCUCGGCGGACAUUCCCACCUCACCAAUCAACGUGUCUUCGUGGAACAUCCCGGAUGUAACGCUAGCAGACCCCACGUAUCACAUCCCAGGCAAGGUCGAUGUGGUCAUCGGUGGCGAUACGUUCUGGGAGCUGCAUACCGGACGUAAGCAAUCUCUCGGUUCGGGUCUGCCAUGGUUGGUAGAAACGCAGUUUGGAUGGGCGGUAGCAGGAAAUACAACGCAUUCGUCUCAACAACAUUGGGUGUGUAAUAUGGCAACGAGCGACAGUCCGUUGGAAGCCAUAUUGACGCGGUUCUGGGAGAGCGAGACCAUCUUCGACGAGCCCACUCUAUCUCUGGAGGAAGACAUGUGUGAACGUCAUUUCAUCUCUACUACAACCAGAGACCCAUCUGGCAGGUAUGUCGUACGUUUACCACAAAAUCCUAAUUCGAAUGUCGUUUUAGGAGAAUCGAAAGCAAUCGCUGAUCGUCGUCUCCUAGCGGUGGAACGGCGGCUCAAGUCUAACCCUGCAAUGAAGGAGGAGUAUAGUAAUUUCAUGUCGGAGUAUGAGCGCUUAGGGCACAUGAAACAACUCACCGAGCCGGUGGACGAUUCGUGUGAACACUACUAUCUCCCUCAUCACGCGGUGCUUAAGGAAUCGAGCACAACCACCAAGGUCAGGGUAGACUUUGACGCAUCGUGCAAGACAUCUUCUGGAUACUCCUUGAACGACAAACUCCUGGUUGGGCCGGUGAUCCAAGACGAUCUGUUCACCAUCAUCGUUCGUUUCCGGUCUCACGCAGUCGCACUCUCAGCAGACGUUGAGAAAAUGUAUCGCCAAAUUCUCCACGAUUCUCGCGACACUGAAUACCUGCGCAUUCGGUAUAGAGGAAACACCGCAGAGCCGAUUCAGACGUUUCAACUGCAAACGGUUACAUAUGGCACGUCUUGCGCACCCUUCCUAGCAACAAGAACGCUAAAGCAGAUCGCUCUCGAUCACAAGAUGCAAUACCCCCGAGCAGUGGAUCCUGUAUUGCACGAUUUUUAUGUGGAUGACCUGCUAACGGGAACAGACGAGUUGGCAGACGCAAUUGAAAUGCAAAGGCAGAUUUCUGAGAUGCUCAAGCAGGCUGGAUUCGUGUUGAAGAAGUGGGUGUCGAACGUACCCGAAGCACUAAUCGGCAUUCCUUCUGAAGAGUGA